CACUACUUCUCGUAUCAAUUGAAGAAGCGCAGUUCAACUAAACAACCAAAAAAAAUUUGUGUGUGUUUCUGAGCUGAUACAAGAAGCUUAGUUUAUAGUUUAUACAAAGGCUUCUCCACUUAUCAUUUUAUCAUUGCAAUGGGUAUCCGAUUUCCAUGUUUGAUUGCCAAUAACGCAAGGCAAUUCCACAGGCUGCAAUCGGCUGCGAGUAGAAAACAACAUUUGAAUCAAACCCAGGAUCAUGUGGUUCCAAAAGGCCAUUUCGCGGUUUACGUUGGAGAAGAUAAGAAGCGGUUUGUGCUGCCGAUUGCAUACUUGAAUCAUCCCACAUUUCAAGAUUUGUUACGCAAAUCAGAGGAAGAAUUUGGGUAUCAUCAUCCAAUGGGUGGCCUAACCAUUCCAUGCAAUGAGGAUGCUUUUGUUUCGAUCAUGACUUCUCGACUUCAGUUGCAGUUUGAGUAAAAUGGGGCGGCUUAGUUGAUAACAAUAGGAAGCAGAAAAGAAGUAGUUACAUUCUGCAGUUUUGAUGUAGAUCCAGAGGUCAUCAAUAGUAACAGGAUUCUCCAAUAGUCAAUUUUUUUCAUGAAGAAUUCAGGUUGAAACAUGUAAUCUGAACUGAACCUGUAAAGAUUCCUUCCCUCUUAUAUAUUUCCAGAGGCAAAGGAAAGAUAUAGUAUAUACUUUUGAGAUUAAGUUUUUCGGUUAAUUGUGC